CAAAAAUGACCGAGGAGCGUCUACUGCAAGAUAGCAGCAUGAGGGCAGGAAGACGCUCCAUACAGAGUAGUUGCGCCCCGCAACGUGUCACCGAUUGAUUCCUAUGGGAAUAAAAACAAAAGAUUUUUGCUGGCUCAGCCCUUGGGCAAAACGAGGCAUUACAAAAGAGAGAGGGGGAAAAAAGAAAAAGGGAAAAAUCCCAUGGCCAGCGUUUGGUGCUCAAGAAUCACUUCCGCUGGCACCGCAGACAUCUUCCUUCCUUGUUCUCGGCAGGCCCCGAGAAAUGGAUGAUGUCGUUAGGGGUGCAGCCGGCGCCGGGUCCCGCAGCGGGCUCUCAGGUGGAAUGUACUGCAGUCCUGGUAUUCCCUUGUCGAAAGGGGCUUUACUGUAUAAUCUCGCUGUGCCGAGAGCGGCUCGCCUCGUCCUGCGCCAGACGCGCGCCGUGGAUGCAAAGCCAGGAAGGUGGGACACUCGCCGGGGGUCUCUCAAGUCCCGACCAGCAGCAGCUGCAGCAACAUCGGGGAUUUCGUACACAUUUAAAACCUCCUCGCAGAAGAGAGGCACACUGCAUAGUCUCUUUUUUUUUUUUUUUUUUUUUGAGUGAGUCUGGCGCAAAGAAGCCGGCGGCGUCUGCCGGGAACCUGAGAGGCGUCUCUCGAGCGUGGCCGUGAGGUCAUCGGGCUGAGGGGCGGUGAGCGAGCACCCGAAGGCGCUGCCAAGAAGCUCGCCACUCGACUGCAGCCCGCACUAUUACCAAAUCGCUUGGCUCACGCGUCGCCGGUGCUCAAAAUUCACCGUUUCAGCCGACAGAGAGAAAGAGAGACAAGGUUUUGUCCUCCCCAGCGCAAGACAUUUGAAGACUGACUGCUUUCUUCUCCAGUUUUGUCGGCGAUCAAGGAGAAACGACAAUAGCUAAAAGCCUUCCCAGUUGCCCUUCUGGGAAGUAUAUUUUUGGACAGCCCUCCACGAAAGCACGAAGAGCACACGUGGAGGACAUAUCAAAGACGUCGAGCGUUAGCCGGAUGGACUGGCUGCGUAAAAAAGCGGGGGAAUAAUCUCCAAAUAUUUUUUUUCUUCUUUACAAAGAGAGUUAAUCUCUUGUUUGGAACGCUGUAGUUGAAAAGUGAUGUUGUGUCAUGUGAAACUGUUGGGGAAGUGGGUCAGACAUGAAUCUGACUGAGUGACCAUGUUGCAGUACAAGUCUUGGCAGGAAAAAGAAAUCGAAACUGCAUCCAGUAUAUAACUGAACAUAUUUGAUCCCAUGGAUUAACGUUCACCUCUUUGCAACGUGGACAUUAUUCCUGUCUUUCUUUUUUUAAUUUUUUUUUACUCCACUUUCCACUUUAUUUGUUUCUAUUUCCUGUAAUUGGACAUGGCUACUCUCUGGAAAGUCAGCGCGUGGACGUUGCUGGCCGCAUUGAGUUUUCUCCGCUGUUGGUGUGAAGCGUCGAGGCCGAGUGGUUCCAGCAGGGGGAAGCAGGGGGCCUCGUCCGUGGAGCGGGUGAAGAGGGGAUGGGUGUGGAACCAGUUCUUUGUGGUGGAGGAGUACACAGGCACGGAACCGCUUUAUGUCGGAAAGAUCCACACGGACUCCGACGAAGGCGAGGGCAACAUCAAGUACACCAUCUCCGGGGAAGGGGCGGGCAGCAUCUUCAUCAUCGACGAGCUGACGGGCGACAUCCACGCCACCGAGAGGCUGGACCGCGAGGAGAAGGCCUUCUACACGCUGCGAGCGCUGGCCCGCGAUCGGCUCAGCGACGAGCCGCUGGAACCGGAGUCCGAGUUCGUCAUCAAGGUCCAGGACAUCAACGACAGCGAGCCCAAGUUCUUGGAUGGGCCUUACAUCGGAAGCGUGGCUGAACUCUCUCCGAUAGGGACGUCCGUGCUCAACAUCACAGCGUCGGACGCCGACGACCCGUCUUACGGCAGCAGCGCCAGAGUUGUCUACAGCGUGCUGGACGGAGAAAAGUUCUUCACUGUGGGCAGACACACAGGGAUCAUAAUGACAGCCGUGGCAGAUCUGGACCGCGAGACGCAGGAUCGUUACGAGCUGGUCGUCAAGGCAACGGACAUGGCCGGACAAAUGGGCGGCCUCUCCGGCUCCACCACGGUGACCAUUGUGAUCACGGACGUUAACGACAACCCGCCCCGCUUCCCGCAGAAGAUGUAUCAAUUCACGGUGUCGGAAGACGCGGCGGUGGGCACGCCGGUGGGCCGGGUCAUCGCCACGGACGCGGACAUGGGGGAGAACACGGACAUGAGCUACCUGAUCCAGGAAGGAGGGGACCUCUUCAAGGUGACCACCGACGCCCUGAGCCAAGAAGCUGUCGUCUCCAUCAAGAAGCCACUGGACUUCGAGAGCAAGCGCACACACAACGUAGUGGUCGAGGCUGUAAAUAAGCACGUGGACCCUCGCUUUGUGGACCUGGGCUCCUUCCGGGACCAGACCAUAGUCCGCGUCAGCGUGUCGGACGUGGACGAGCCGCCGCUCUUUCAGCCGGUGGACGGCGCCGUCAUGGAGGUGCAGGAGGACGCCAAAGUGGGAGCGCUGGUCGGCGUCGUCUCCGCCCGAGACCCCGAUGUGAAAAACAAACCGGUCAGGUUCUCCAUCGAUCGCAGCACCGACCAGAGCAUGAUUUUCCACAUCCAUCCUGACUCCGGCGCCAUCACGCUGGACAAGAUUUUGGACCGUGAGACGGCAGGCUGGCACAAUAUCACCGUGACGGCAGUGGAAGCAGAUAACCACACCAUGGCAUCACACUCAGGAGUGAGCAUUCGGAUACUGGAUGUGAAUGACAAUCCUCCAGAGCUGGCCACACCCUACGAAGCCUUCAUAUGUGAAGAUGCUCAGGCUGGCAAGAUAAUUCACACCAUCAGCGUGGUGGACAAAGACGAACCGCAGCCCGGCCAUCACUUCUACUUCACGCUGGCCCCCGGAGCUCCCAGCAAUCGACACUUCAACUUGUGGGAUGUCAAAGACACCAGCGCAGGCAUCCGCACGGAGCGCUCGGGCUUCAAACGCCACGAGCAGAACGUCUACUUCCUGCCCAUCCAGGUGGUCGACAGCACCCUCCCCUCGCACAGCUCCACGGGCACCCUGACCAUUCACAUCUGCGGCUGUGACCCAGAGGGAGCCAUCCAGUCCUGCGACGCUACGGCGUAUGUAAUGAGCGCGGCGCUCAGCCCGGGGGCACUUAUUGCACUGCUGGUGUGUAUGCUCAUCCUAAUAGUCCUCGUCUUGCUCAUCCUGACCCUGAAACGCCACCGCAAAGGCCAACGGAUCGCCGAGGACGAGGAGGACAUGCGGGACAACGUCAUCAAGUACAACGACGAAGGCGGCGGCGAGCAGGACACGCAGGCGUACGACAUGAGCGCCCUCAGGAACCUCUACGACUUCCCCGAGGCCAAGAUCGCCGCCGCCGAGUCGGGCCUGGACAUCCGCUCGCUGCCGCAGUGGUUGCAAGCAAACCGGUUAGCCGGGAGGGCGGCAGCGGGCGCGGCGGCGGCGGAGUCGUGUUCGGCCGCUGACUUCUCCCUCUUCAAAGGUUACAUCCGCAAGAAGGUGGAGCAGGCCGACGCCGAUCUGUCGGUGCCGCCGUAUGACUCGUUCCAGACGUACGCUUUCGAGGGCACGAGCUCGCCCGCCCUGUCGCUCAGCUCCAUCCACACACUGUCCACCACCUCAGAGCAGGAUUUCUCAUACCUGAGUGACUGGGGGCCGCGAUUCCGGCAGCUGGCUGGUUAUUACGCGCCAGGAAAGCCCGACGAGGACGGGUCCUAGCAGAGCGUCACGUCCUCGGAGAGACUUCUUCUCUACUCUCUUCUUUCUUUGUCAUGUA